CAAUAACCACCGUUAGAUGGCUUAGCCUGUCUCAGUGAGCUGUCAACACAUGAAUGUUGCUUAAUCAAAUGAGAUACUGGUUCACAUUAUGUUUCAUCCUGGCCUGGUGGGACUUGGGUAUCGUAAGUGGCCAAAGACCAAUUGUUCCAGAAACCUACUACACAGAGGAACACCUGUCGGAUUUGAGAGCUGAAGUGCGCGAGCUAUUUUAUCAUGCGUAUAAUGGGUACUUAAAUUAUGCCUACCCUCUUGAUGAGCUACAGCCCUUAACUUGCAGAGGUGUUGACACUUGGGGAAGCUACUCUUUGACAUUGAUUGAUGCCCUCUCCACACUUGCCGUUUUAGGCAAUCACACAGAGUUCAGACGAGUUGUUAAUGUUCUUAGUGAACUGAGUUUUGACUCUGACAUCAAUGUCUCUGUUUUUGAAACAAAUAUUAGAAUUGUUGGAGGAUUGCUUAGUGCUCAUUUACUCAGCCAUAGAUCCGGGAUUAAUUUAGAGCCAGGAUGGCCUUGCAAUGGUCCCCUUCUCAGGUUGGCAGAGGAUGUAGCUAAGAGACUUUUACCUGCAUUCAAUUCCUAUACUGGAAUGCCAUAUGGGACUGUCAAUCUUAGGCAUGGAGUACCUCCAAAUGAAACACCAGUUACAUGCACAGCAGGUGUUGGGACCUUCAUCAUUGAAUUUGGUGUGCUAUCAAGGUUAACGCAAAAUCCUGAGUAUGAAGCCGUAGCCAUGAGAGCUCUAAAGGCUUUGUGGGAACACCGAUCUGGCAUCGGUUUGGUUGGUAAUCAUAUCAACGUCGAAACUGGUCAAUGGAUUGCCACAGAUGCUGGAAUUGGGGCUGCCAUAGAUUCGUAUUAUGAAUACCUUGUCAAAGGCUCAGCACUUCUUAGCCGACCAGAGCUUAUGGAAAUGUUUUUGCAUCAUCUCGAUGGCAUCAAUCGUUAUAUGCGCAAAGACGAUUGGUACUUUUGGGUUACGAUGACAAAAGGUACUGUGUCUCUGCCAGUUUUUCAAAACCUAGAGGCCUACUGGCCAGGCGUACUCAGCACAAUAGGUAAAACCUCCGAUGCCAUGAAAUCCAUCCUCAAUUAUCAUCAAGUCCUGAAGCAUCUCGGCUUCGUCCCCGAAAUGUAUGAUGUCCAGCAGCGAGAAGUUCGACCUCAAAGAGAAGGUUACCCUCUCAGACCUGAAUUUAUCGAGUCCCUCAUGUUUCUCUACCGUGCAACAAUGGAUAAGAAUUUGCUGGCAAUGGGCGAGGACGUUCUUCGAGCCAUCCAGCACAGCACAAGGACUCCAUGCGGCUAUGCAACCGUAAAAGACACCCGUGAUCAUCGUUUAGAAGAUCGAAUGGAGUCGUUUUUCCUCGCAGAGACAACGAAAUACUUGUUCCUGCUUUUUGAUUCUGAAAACUUUAUCCAUGGCGACGGGCUGUCAGGCAAACCUCAUCGAGUGGCUUCUCGAUCCUGCAUGCUUGAUACGGGAGCUUAUAUUUUCAAUACCGAAGCCCACCCUAUGGAUGCUGGAGCUUUGGACUGCUGUCACGGACCGACUGAACGAGAUAUUUGGCAAAAAGUCUGGUUUCCAAAAGAAUCAUCUGAAACUAGCUCAUCGGACUCUAAUGAUGAUGGUGUUUCAUCUUUUCUGUCUUCCCCUUCCAUCGAAAUUUGCAACAAACCUGCGUGGCACUCCUUUUUAUGGGUGAAACAUCCUCUCCGAUGCCCAGCGUCGUUGUCUGCCUCUAAAACGUGGACAGGAAAACGUAGAAAAUCUUCAAAUUUUUCGUUAAUGACUUGCGAGGCUGCUCCUUUCAUGCAGAUGCUCUGUGUUGGUGGCGAAGUUUGCGAUAUCUAAGUGUAAACUUUAUAAUAAAGAUUACUUUGUACAUUUUUUCCUGGACCAAAGAUUGUUGUUGAGACAAUAAAGCAAGUUGACAGACUUACAACAAAAC